CCCCGCGACGCCCGCACAAUCGAGCUCCUCCUGACCGCGCAAGGCGUAAUAGCCUUCGAACAGCGCGUCCCGCUUUUGUUGCUUGACUUCGCCUACCGCCACACCUCGGCCGUGCUCUCCGACGCUUUACACCUCUCUGCGGACCCGUACACCUCGCACGCGGGCGCCCGGCCCUCGGCCUCUUCUGGCGCGGCCCCCGUCAAUGUGGGCGACGCGACGAUUACAAGUAACGCGGUGCAGCUGGCGAUUGCCAGCCGGCUGAACUUCCAAUUCCGCGGCGGCAGCGGGGGCGGGAGCGGUGGUGGUGUCAGCAAGGAGUGGAUGAUGGAGAUGGCGAGGGAGAAGAAUAAGGUGGCGUUGCCCAAGGUCAGUGUGAAUGAGUGGGGGGUAAGGUUGCCGAGCGAGAGGUUUGUGUUGAAUGGGGUUAGCUGGGGGUUGAAGGGGGACGGGUGGAUCGCCGGCGGGGAUGAGACAAGUGGCGAUGAGGAGGAAGGUAGUGAUGAGGACAUGGAGGAUGCGAUG